AUGUUAACUUCGACGUCAGUAACCGCAAUGGGGAAAGGCGGCAUCAUGUGGAGAGAGGUCUGCAUAGUGUGCGCUUUCACCUUCCUCGCCGUCCUUAUUCUCGAAAAUCGCUCCGUGCAAGUUACAAUAUCACCGCAAGCUGACUCCAUAAGCACUCCAUGGGUGGAGGCGAUCUGCAUUGCAGCUGAUGCAGGGUCGAUCACGACCGUCGAUUUCAACCCUCCAGUGGUGUCACACCCUCGGAUCAAGUCGAUCUCGAUCGAGCAAUUAGAUGCGAUGGAUGACGUGUUUGACGUCAUUGUUUCUUUCUCGUCGAUAGAGCACGACGGAUUGGGAAGAUACGGCGAUCCCAUGAAUCCCACAGGCGACCUACAGAGGAUGAAGAAGAUCCAGGGCCUGGUUAAGCCAGAAGGGCUUUUUUACUUGGGAGUGCCUGUGGGAAAUGACACAAUUGCUUUUAACGCACACAGAGUGUAUGGUCCACUGCGCAUGCCAAAGCUUAUAGAAGGCUGGAAGCAUCUGGACACGAUUGGGGGAAAGCUGGAGGACUUCUACACACAGUAUCAGAAUGGUAUCUUUGUACAGCAAAUCCUCGUCUUACACUUUGCCUUAAAAAGCUCGGGGAGUGCCAUCAGCCUGUUGAAUAGAAAACAUCUUGUAUAG